CAAGGAUAUAUUGUUCCAUUCAUUCUGUUAAGUGGAAUCCACUAUACAGCAUUGUGCAGUUCUGAUAAUCGCCUCCCCGCUUUUCUGAAUCCCACUUCAUUGAUUACAUGUGUAAUUUCUUUUCCUAUUUACCUCAAUGACAUGUCCAUUCUGCACCUUUUUAAACUGCCUCUGUCAUUUCAGUCAACUAUGCCAAAUUUCAAUUCCACAUUCCACACACACUGGCAAAAACAACAAGCAUUACACGAAACACUAUUCUUAUCAGGGGAUAUCGUCCCCUUCAGAUAUCCCCAUGCCUUUGCUUUCAUUCUGAUAGUCGUUGUCCCCCUGCUUAUUCCGCAGCAUCAACGGACUUGGGUGCUCUAUUUGCGACGGCUGGCAUUUAUAUGUGCUUGUUUUCUGAUGAGUCUCAUAAUACGACAUUGUCGCCUUUCAUCAGGCAGUAAUCUGGUGGUUGGCAUCUGGGGUGCUUACUCAGCUAUCUGGAGUGGGAUUUUUCUUGUCUUCAAGGAUUUUGAGAAAUGUUACAUGAGGGUGGAGGAGCAGGUGAACAUGGUCCCAGUCAAGGAAGAAAAUGGGAACGAGAUGAGCGAUGGUCCUUUAGCGACCACAAAUUCCGAGGAAUCUACAGAGGGAGACAUACAGCGCCAUCAACUAGGGGCUCGGGAGUUAUCAAGUAAAGUCCCUGCUUCCAAUGGGUCACCUCUCUCAGAUGAUGUGUGUGUCCUUUGCUGGCAGGGGUACCCAGAUACACUUCUCCGUCGGUUCUUCUGGGUCCUUGACAUGCUCUUGAGUCUUAAAGGAGCUGGCUGGAACUGGGGAUUGCAAACUCCAUUAAUACCCACCCCACGGAGAUUCGGACCUCACGAUAUUCGCCAACAUGACAAGAGCCUGGUACACGUUGCUAUUAGCUCCAUGCUCAUAGCCUUAUUGUUGUAUAUCCAAAUGCUGCUUCUGCAAACAAUAGCACUAACCGAUCCUUACUUCUGGGGCUUCGUUUCAUCCAACCUGGGAAGUGAACGCCGGUUUGGCCCAGCAUUUCUAACACAAACAUACCGGGUCUGUAUGUCAGCUGCGAUGAUCUGGACCUCGAUGUCUCUCAUAACUUCAUCUUUACAGCUCGUCCACGCUCUACUCGCUAUACUAAUUCGAUCAUUUGGAUGUAAGAAGGGUCGGACACUCCAAUCCUCCUGGCUUUUUGCAUACUUCUUGCAAGAUACUCACUCCCUCACUUUCAUCCCCAAGACAAGGAUCGAAUGGUUUUGGGGGGCAUUCUGGCAUCAGACAUAUAGACAUGGCCUGGUAGAAGCUUCCCUUUUCUUGUCUUCCCCACUCACAAAGCGGCUGUCGUCAACUCCCCGCAAAUAUACUGUCCGGUUUUUGGUCUUCACCCUAAGUGGGUGGAUUCACUGGUGUGGAUUAUUCACAAGCUUUAUGCCCCUGAACAACCCACCAUCAUUAAGACCAAUUGUUUUCUUUGCUAUCCAACCGGCAGGAAUUCUGAUUCAGAGGGCGCUGAUGGAUUCUUUGAGGUCUGUUGGAUUUGCAAACUAUGUGUGCAUGGUUAUUGAUUACAGUGCUGCAUUUUUGUGGUUAGUGGUUACAUCACCGAUGUUGUUGGAUGAUCUCGCAAGAACAGGGACUUGGGCGCUUGAUGUGCCUGGUCCAUUGGAAUUUCUGCAUAUGGUUGGAUUUAAGUUUGGUUGAGGUGCAAGGAGGCUCGCAGAUACGGUGUGAGCAUCAAAGAUGAAUGCAUUGGCUGGGAGGAAACGGAGGUCGUUCUGGAUGUUCUGGCUGAUGCUCUCAAAUCUCGCAGGAUAAGAUUUGCUGCAAAUUCUGUUAAGGGCAUUAUUUAAUUGCUGGUUAUAUCUAUAUACUUUGAUGUUCAUCCGUGAUCCUGACCUUGAUAGUAUUCCACAUUCCAGUCACGAUUAGUUUUUAUCACGCCGGUCGACUCAAAAUGUGGGAGAUCCAAGUUUUGGAUUCUAGUAGAUAUGUCCAUGUGCAGGAAAUGGAUGAGAAAGACAUCCCUAUACUAAAACUAUUGGUACAGCAUACUCUACAGAUUUA